UUAUUUAUGUGAUUUUAAUUUUAUAUAUUAGUUUGUUUGUUAGGUUUAUAUAUAUUAUAUAUAUGUAGUUGCUCUCUUUAAUUAAGAAAAAAAAAACUAUAGGUUAAUUUUUAAUUAUGCAAAACAACAAAGUCUUGAUUAAUGAAUUCAACAAAGUUUGAGGGGACCUUAGUGUUUGUGGUCUUUAAUUUUUAAAAGUAUAUCUUGUUAUAUUCUUUUGCUUUUUUUAUUUUUUUUAAAUUAUUUAAUUAUUUUUUAUUUUUUUAUUUUGAUGUUUGUGAUGGAUUGAAUAUAUAUAAUUUUGUGAACUUGGUAUUUAUUCUAAAUGUUUUUUUCUGACACCCUUUAUCCUAUAUUUGAUUCUCACAAGUCAAAGUUUUAAUUUUGUUGUGAUAAAUAUAAAGGGGUUAUAAGAUUCUGAUUCUUGUGUUAGUGAGUACUUUGUUUUAGGUUUGGCAUAUUGAAAAGGGUUUUAAAGGAUUUAAAGAGCAAAGUUUUGUUUUGGAGUGAUUACUAGUUUGUUUUUGAUGGAUUGGGAUUGGAAAGAGUUUGCUUGGGAUCCAUCUGGGUUGGAGGAGAUGAAGAAUGAAGGUGAUUCAAUGGAUUUGAGGCUUGGUGAGGCUUCUGAUUCAUUGGAAAAAUCGGUUCGGGUUCGGGAUAGUACGGGGAGGAAGGAUGAUGAUUUGAGAGGCGUGUCGUCGUUUUCUGGAUCGAAAAGAUCGCGGUUGCAGAAUGGAUUGUUGAAUUUGAUUUGCUCGGUUGAUGGAUGUAACGCGGAUCUUAGUGAUUGUAGGGAGUAUCAUAAGAGGCAUAGGGUUUGCGAGAAGCACUCGAAAACUCCUGUUGUGUUGGUUGGAGGUAAGCAGCAGAGAUUCUGCCAGCAAUGUAGCAGGUUUCAUUCGCUUGCGGAGUUUGAUGAAGUUAAGAGGAGUUGCAGGAAACGUCUUGAUGGGCAUAAUAGGCGGAGGAGGAAGCCUCAACCGCCUUCUCUUUUCAUGGCGGCUGAGAAAUUCAUGUACAAUUACAAAGGUCCUAGAAUCCUGCACUUUGGGAACCCUCAGGCAUAUGUGAAUCCUAUUAUGAGAAACAUUUGGCCAACCGAAGCUGAACCAGGUUACGACAAUCACCGACUUUUGUAUCGAAUCGAUAAACAUAAACAGGAUAAAGGACAUCCUCUAUGGCAAGAAACUGUCCCUAAAGCCGGCGAUGUUAAUGAAGCAGCGCUGGGGAUUCCUAUCAGUCAGCCUAUCCGCGGUGCCGAUGGUUCAUCUGCAGGUGGAAAAGGCGGUAGGAAGCUCUCUUCUGAUAGCAAACCUGGAUCUUUUGACUCGGGUUGUGCUCUCUAUCUUCUGUCAACACUUCAAUCACAAAGUUCCGAGUUGAGUUUGAUGCAGUCCAGCAUCAACGACAGCCCAACACAGUCUUCAUCCGGAACGAUGCGUUUUGAUGCCACGAACGAGUACUUGUGCUCAGGAAAGGUUAAAGAUAAGCCUAAUAAUGGUCAUGUAUUUGUUCUAGAUGCAGACACUACAAACCUUCAAUGUAAUGGGAUGCUGCAAAUGGGACCUAAUAACGGUUUGAUGGAAAAUGAAAACUCGCUAACGCUUCCAUUUUUCUGGGAGUAACGUGUAGCGGAGUGGUGUUAAAGUCUCUUGGCGAUUCUGUUCAUUUGUCGAUUGUUUCUCCUGACUCUCCAACAUUGAAUUGUCUGGUCUUUGAGUGGUGUUAAGGUCUUUUUGGGUGGUUCUGAUCAUCCAUUCGUGUUCGCGUCCGUUGUUGCUCCCAUUGCUCCUCCGCACUCGAGGAUUGAGUUGUUGGGUCUUUUUGGGAAAUUCAUGGAAUUGUUGGUCUUCAAAACAUUAUGUGUACUCUAAUAAUUAAACUUAAACUUGUUGAAUCCUUGUGGUAAGUGUAGUUUGUUCCCAUCAAUUCAAAUGUUGUAGCACAAUUGAUUUUGUGCAGUUCUGAAUACCGACAUUUCAGAUUGAAAGCGUGUAUGUUGUUGACAUUGACCAACAUGACACCGACGCAUGUAGUCAAAUUCAAGCAUUUCAUUUUCUUAUAUUGUAUAUUGUAUAUUGUAUUAAUGUAUCAAUGUCAGGGUCGUGUCCGAUAUAUUUGCAUU